AUGCCAUCCACCCUCAACCCGGAGUUCUCCCAACCUCUCACGAGGUCCUUUCCCAUAAGGCCGUCGACAUCAGUCCAUGAAGACAAGGAAGCGGCUGAGGAGCUUGAACUUGAACCUCAGGGUAUCGUUCGGCCAGAACAAGAGAAGCAUCACGAUGCUGAUGGCGACGAUUUGGAACAUAUUCCUGGCCAGACCGUAUUCAAUAUCUACGAGAAGACCGAACCGAUUACGGCGGGUGUACGGGACGGUGCCUCCCUGGAGACCGCCAUCAUUAUCGAGGAAUUUGAAGAAGGAAAAAACUAUAAGAAGGAGGAGGAGGAGGAGGGGGAGGGGGAGAGGGAGAGGGUGGCUCCUGUUCAAGAGAGCGACUCAGGAGAUGAGUCCAAGCACAUCAAGUACCAACGCUUCUGUGAGAUGCUACAGACGAUGUGGGCCGCGGCACCGACUCGCAAUUCUGUUGAGAUAAACUAUAUGCUAUAUUGCAUCACUGCUUACCAUAUGGCAAAACUAGACGUCACCACUCCUGCAAGCCCACUCGUCCAUUCCCAACAUCAAUUCCGCAAGCCAGAUCUAAGCUUCAUCCACACUUCGAAUUCUGGGUUAUUAUGUGAGCCCUUUGUCCAGUCUAUUGAGAAACGUCCCCUCGGGAACGCGCACGGGAUGGGUCAUCCCCGGGACAUAGCGGCUUUUAUUGAAACGCUCUUCAAGCCGGCGCCUUCUCGAAUCACUUUCGGCGGCAGCGCUCGCGGAAACGGUGGCUUCAAGAAGCGAAUAGCGGACCAGGAGGAAGAGGAUACGGUUCGCGGUAGGAAGGUGAAGCGCAUGGUUAUCGAGGGAGGUUUCACUGUUACGUACUGCUGA